AUGGUUGAGCAGUAUACAGUUGGAGUUGCAGUUGUUAUAGCCUCUCUUUUGGGGUUUGUUUUCUUGUACUACAAUUCUUUAUUUCCCAAGGAAAACCGUAUAAACAAGAAUGGAAGCGGUGAGGAUGUUAGGACUACGGAUAUUAUCAUAGUCGGCGCUGGUGUGGCCGGUGCUGCUCUUGCCUAUUCUCUUGGAAAGGAUGGACGUCAGGUGCGUGUAAUUGAGAGGGACUUAAAUCCACUUGAUAGAAUCGCUGGUGAAAGUCUAAUGCCAGGGGGCUACCUCAAGUUAAUUGAGCUAGGGCUUGAGGAUUGUGUAGAUGAGAUUGAUGCUCAACGAAAUCAAGGUUAUAUUCUAUACAAAGAUGGAAAGAAUGCCCCCAUAUCUUAUCCUCUGGAAAAAUUUCAAUCCCAUGUUGUAGGAAAAAACUUUCAUAAUGAUCGAUUCGUUCGAAGGUUGCGGAAGAAAGCUGAAUCUCUUCACAAUGUAAGUUUAGAACAAGGGACAGUAACAUCUUUGCUUGAAGAAAAUGGGACUAUCAAAGGAGUUCACUACAAAGAUAAGAGUGGUCAAAUACUGACAGCUUACGCUUCUCUCACCGUUGUUUGCGAUGGCUGUUUUUCAAAUUUGAGACGCUCUCUUUGCAAUCCAAAGGUUGAUGUCCCCUCUUAUUUUGUUGGUUUUAUCUUGACGAACUGUAAACUUUCGGAUCAAAAUUAUGGAGCAAUCAUAUUAGCAGAUCCUUCACCUAUCGUAUUUUAUCCCAUUAGUAGCACUGAAAUUCGUUGCAUGGUGGAUGUUCCUAGUCAAAAUCUACCCUCUCUUUCCAACGGUGAAAUGUCCCAUUACUUGAAAACUUUGGUUGCUCUCAAUGUAUUUCCUGAAACAUACGACUCCUUUAUAUCUGCAAUAGAGAAAAAAGAUAACAUAAAAAUAAUGCCGAACAGAAUCAUGGCUGAUGCUCCACACCGGACUCCCGGUGCCCUUCUCAUCGGAGAUUCAUUAAAUAUGCGACACGCCAUAACCGGUGGGGAAAUGACUGUUGCACUAUCUGAUGUUGUUUUACUAAGGGAUCUUCUAAGACCUCUGCAUGAUCUAUCCGAUGCAUCCGUUGUUUGCAAAUAUCUCCAAUCUUUUUAUACUCUUAGGAAGCCAAUGUCAUCUACAAUAAAUAUACUAGCCAGUGUCCUACAUAAGGUUUUCAGUUCCUCUUCUGAUCCUACAAUUGAAGAUAUACAACAUGCAUGCAUUGGAUAUUUGAGACUUGGAGGUGUAUUUUCAAGUGGACUAUCAGCUAUGAUCUCUGGUUUAUGCCCUCGUCCAUUAAGCUUAGCAUUUCAUUUAUUUGCCUUGGCAAUAUAUGGUGUUGGACGAUUGUUACUUCCGUUUCCUUCUCCCACACGCUUAUGGAAUGGGGCUAAACUCUUUUGGGUUUCAUCAAAUAUUAUUUUCCCCAUUAUACACUUUGAAGGAGUUAGACAAAUGUUUUUCCCUCUAACUGUACCAGCAUAUUAUAGAACUCUCCCUAGAAAUAAGGACUUAAGAGUCUAA